AGUCCGAGGCCAAGUAGCGGAGGGAAGGCGUCGCUCGUGUGACCGAGCGCUACCGCCGCGCCGCCGCCGCCGCCGCCAGUCCGGCCGCCCGCGCCGCCGCAGUCGCCCGCCGGCCCCGAGCGCGCGCGCGCCCCGCUGUCGCUCUGCCUAUGCCUGGCCGCCCACUCUCUGCCCACCGCCGCAGGCACCAUGGGCUCGCCGCCGCCGCGCCAGCCGCUGCCGCCGUCGCUGACUGCCGGAGGGCUGUCGCUGCCGGGGUCGCCCGGCUACAGUCUCUCGGCGCUGGAGUCGUACAUGGCGCUGCAGAGCUCCCUGCGCUCGCAGCAUGUGCUCUCCACCUUCUCACACAUGGCCGGCCUGAACCGCAGCCUCAGCCUGCUCUCCAGCGUGGGUAAGGCCGCCGGCACGGCCGCCGCCGCCGGGAGUAGCAGCAGCAGUCCGGACACCAAGGAGGCCAAGUUCGACUUCUCGCGCCUGGCCGAGUCGGCGACGGGCGCGGCGCCGGCACCUGCGAGCGCGGCCGCCGGCGUGGGCCUGUCGCCGCUGGCGCUGCUGCAGCCGUACCGGCCGCUGCUGCUGCCGGCCCUGUUCCCCGGCCUGGGGGCCGCGCUGCCGCUCGCCAGACGCACCACGGCCGGCCGCGGCCGCGCCGCGCGGCCCAAGAAGCAGUUCAUCUGCCAGUACUGCCAGCGCCACUUCACCAAGAGCUACAACCUGCUCAUCCACGAGCGGACGCACACCGACGAGCGGCCGUUCUCGUGUGACAUCUGUGGGAAGGCGUUCAGGAGACAGGACCACCUCAGAGACCACAGGUACAUCCACUCCAAGGAGAAGCCGUUCGUUUGCGGUGUGUGCGGAAAGGGCUUCUGCCAGUCGCGUACGCUGGCCGUACACAAGAUCCUGCACAUGGAGGAGUCGCCGCACCGCUGUCCCACGUGCAGCCGCAGCUUCAACCAGCGCUCCAACCUGAAGACGCACCUGCUGACGCACACGGACAUCCGGCCCUACUGCUGCACCUCCUGUCCGAAGGUGUUCCGGCGCAACUGCGACCUGCGCCGCCACCUGCUGACACACAGUCUGGGCGAGCAGCCGGAGGCAGCCGGCAGCGGGGACGAGUCCGGCUCCGUGGCGGCGGCGGCGGCGCGCGGCUCCGCCGACCAGGCCGGCACGAGCAGUCCGGCAGGCAGUCGGGCCGGCAGCCGCGUCACCACGCCGACCGCCAGCCCGUCCACCAGCUACGACAGAGAGCCGGGAGACAGCGACGACGACGAGGACGACGAAGGAGAUGGGGUGGAGGAGGAUGCCCUUUCUGCGCACAUGCGAGCGGACAAGGCCCGAGCGAUGGAGGGUGGAGCGGGGUCACCGGCGACGUCCUCUUCACCUUCCAGAGCAGCUUCGGCAUUCAGCAUCGACGCCCUCAUGUCCUAAAACAAGUCGUUAAACUUAUGUGAUGAGGUGGAGGUGUUGGAUCUUAAAGGUCUCUCUUAGGUUAUCUGAAUUUGGUCAGAGUUAUUGUGCGUGACAUGACGACCGGUUUUGUUCUUGUUUGCAUUUUGUAGUGCCUAGAUGUGAACAAGAUAUCUUGAAAUACCUUCUGCUGCGAUUAUUUGCCUUUUGCAAAUGAUUUUCGACAGCAGUUGCCAUAAGAUGCAGCCUUUCUUGCCACGAUUUGAGGGCGCGUUGUCUGAUCUUGAAGCAUCCAUGCCAUUUGCAUGAACAACGGAUGUGUGAUCUGGGUACAGUCUGCACUGGUCACAUACGUCUGGGUGACGAGGCAAUGGUUCAGUGGAUUCGCUCGAAUGUGCCAUUAUUGGAAAUUCAUUUAGCUGGAGUUUCCAAGCGUUGUUCUGUCGCACAGUGUUCUCUGUGAUUUUUAUUGCUAAGAGUUGAUACGUGCUGAUAAGUUUUAAGUUAUCAUGGUACUCAAUACCUACUACAUAUUGUUUGUUUUUGCUAUUUGUCCUUGGUCUAAUAUCUUGAAACAUUUUGUUCUUGAGUUGUUUUUGCUUUAACAUUCGAUUCAAUAAAAUGUUCCAAGCGGUAAGCACUAGGAAAAAGAUGCUUAUACCUAUAAUGCAGCUGGUGUGAUUUUCACAGAAUACCUACCUACCAGAAAAGCUUCUGAUAGCCAAUGAGCAGCAAUAUUUGUAUGUAUAUGUUAUUUGGGAAUGCUUUGCUUUGAUCUGCAAUUGUCAGUCUGUGCAAACACGUGCGAGCGUAUAAUGUAUAUUGAAUGGCUGUCGUGACAGAGAUUAUACCUAUAGGAUAACUGUUGAUACGGCUGACGUCAGGGCAUUUAUCUCAAAGACAGCUGCUGUUGGACGCGCUGCUGUCGGGCGCAGUGAAGUCGCGGCGGUGAACAGGUCGGCUCCCCGUGCCUCCGUCCGUGUUUCUGAGGGUGGCCAGGCUGGGUUCCCAGCCUGCCGGACCGCAGACCCGGGCAACCGUGCCUGGCUGGAUAUACACACCGGGCUAUAUUGUUAUGGGAUACUGAUGUCAUUUUUGUCAGCUACAUGGGAACGGUGUCGAAUAAAAGUCAAUGACUCGUGGC